AUGAUAUUGAAAAGUCUAGUUGAAUCGAGUAUCAAAUCGCUCCAGGAUCCGAUCGCCUCUCUUGAUGUGUCAGACCUUGCCACCGAUCUUUCCAAUGCCUUCAUCGAUGGUGAUAUCAAUACCAUAGUCAAUAUUCUGCCCGAGUUUGUCUCACUACUGCUCCGCUGCCCACAGGAGAUGCAGACCAUAGCAGAAGACUUCUUGCGAUGCUUAUCCUCGGCAAAGCAGACCGAUUCCGUGAUAAACGCCAACAUUGCGUUCCAGGAAAAGCUUAAAAUUAGACAAUAUAGUUACAGAUAUGGUGAUAGUGAUGAAGUAUAA